AUGAGGUCGUUGACGCCGCCGCAUGUGCCGGGGCUGUGGGAGAGGGAAGAACUCGUGGAGGUCCUGAUCCGCAUUCCGCCGGACGAGCCGGCGGACCUCAUCCGCGCCUCCCUCGUCUGCAAGGCUUGGUGCCGCCUCCUCUCCGGCCACGUCUUCCGCGGCCGCUACCGCACCUUGCACAAAACACCUCCAGUCCUGGGCUUCCUACAAAGCUGGGAUGACAACGUCGAGCGCUUCGUCCCGACCACAAAAUUCCGCCCCCGCAGUCCCAAGCGUCGGGACAGCUUCGUGCUCGACUGCCGCCAUGGCCGCGUUCUUCUUGGGUGUGAGUGGGACAGGGAAGAUGAGGAAGAGGAGGAAGAGGAGGAAGAGAAGGAAGAGAAGGAGGUGGAGGAUGUCAACUGGAAGAUGGUCGUCUGGGACCCAGUGUCUGGGAGCCGGACGGAGUUGCACAACAUCUUCGGCCCUGACAGCAACCGCGCAAACUAUACGGCCACGGUGCUCUGUGCAACGGAUGGCUGCAACCACACUGCCUGCAACUUGGGCCCAUUUUUCGUCGUUGUAGCUUUUGUCAGCCUUCAUGAUAAGAGGCUCGUGUUGGCGUCUGUAUACUCAUCGAAGACCCGGGAGUGGACCUCGCCGGCCUCUAUUCAUAUCGGCGGCGUUGGAACACUUGGAGCCUACAUCGUCGCAAGGCCUGCCGUUAUCGUUGGACAAGCGCUCCACUUCCUCCUUCGUCGAGAUGAGGGCAUUUGCAUUCUCAAGUAUGACUUGGUUAGGCAUCGCCUAUCGGUCAUUGAUCCACCAGGGCUGCGUACAUUGACGUGGAACCCUCUCCUCAUUUCGCCGGACGACGGUGGGCUGGGUGUCGUCCACCUAGACCAGCAUGGGCUAUGCCUCAUUUGGUCGAUGGAGGUGAGUCGUGAUGGAGAAGUGUCAUGGAUUCAGGUUAGAGAAAUGGACCUCAAGACACUUGUCCCCAGUGGCAAUCCCAGGACCUCAUAUUCAUUAAAGUUGGUUGGCUGUGUGGAGGGCACCGAUAUCAUCCUUGCGAUCACAUAUCUUGGUGCAUUCCGAAUUGAUCUCAAGUCCCUGAGGUUGAGAAAGUUGUCGAGUAAGCCAAAUAGGGGCACAAUUGAGCGGGAAAUAUUUGAGAACCUCUUUCUCUACAUGAGCUUCAACAAUCCACCAGCGGUGGCAAGUGCUGUGGCGGUGGCUGAAACAAGUGAAGCAGGGCGCCGUGUGUCUUGAAGGGGGGCGACACAGCUGUUUCCUUUAACAACGCGUCAUUCAAUGAAGUGUUUUUGUUAGUUGGUCAUCACUAAAAAGUUUAUAGUAAUAAAGUGGGCCUAUUAUAUUAAAUUUAGAGGAUUCUCCUAGCAUUAUGAGUUUAGUUUUAAAGAUCACUGGUGGAUGUGGCAAUUUGAAUCACGUGCCAGCCGUUGAAGAAUGGAAGUUCAGUUUUAAUAUUUUGGUGUUGGUUUUCA